AAGUCUGGUCCUGAAGUUUUUUUGCUGCAGGAUGGCCACCUUAAGGUCUGCUAUAGUGUGGCCAGGGAGGUUGAAGUGCUCUCCUACAGGUUUUUGUAUAUUGCCAUUCCUAAUGUCUGAUUUGUGUCCAUUUAUCCUUUUCCGUAGAGACUGUCCAGUUUGGCCGAUGUACAUAGCAGAGGGGCAUUGCUGGCAUAUGAUGGCGUAUAUUACAUUGGUGGAUGUGCAGGGUUUCCAGUUUCCAAACCUGAUGUGAUUUUGCAGCUGGAAUAAGGGGAACAGCUGUGGGUCUCAGACCUCUAUGGCUCUGAAAAAAAGUGCUCCCGAGAGCUGUCUGCACAGGUGAUAGGAUGGUGAGUGAGAACGAGGAGACACCCCAGCAGGAAGAUGCUGAGCAAGUAGAACCACAUGGGACAUUAUCCGGAAGACCCAAAGGGAAUGUUUCCGGGAGUUGUGCACUCCCAGAAAGAACAAAUGCCUGUGAGACUAAGCACAGGCCAGAGGAAAACUUCAGUAGCCACUCAGACCUUAUUACACGCGAGAGCAUCAACUUGGAAGAGACUCGCUACAGAUGCCAUAAGUGUGAGAAAAGCUUCAAUGGGAGCUCAGACCUUCUCACACAUCAGAGAAUCCACAGGGGAGAGAAACCCUACAUGUGCUCUGAGUGUGGGAACAGCUUCAAUCGGAGCUCACACCUUAUCAGACAUAGGAGCAUCCACACAGGAGAGACGCCCUACACGUGCUCUGAGUGCAGGAAAAGCUUCAAUCGGAACUCAAGCCUUAUUAGACAUCAGAAAACCCACACAGGAGAAAAACCCUACACCUGCUCUGAGUGUGGGAAAUGCUUCAGUUAUAACUCAGUCCUCAUCUCACAUCAGCGAAUCCACACAGGAGAGACACCCUACACGUGUUCUGUGUGUGGGAAAAGCUUCAACCAGGGCUCAAGCCUUAUUAGACAUCAGCAAAUCCAUACUGGAUGGACACCCUACACAUGCCCGGAGUGUGGGAAAUGCUUCAGUUAUAGAUCAGCCCUUCGCAUGCAUCAGAGAAUUCACACAGGUGACAAACCCUUUGAAUGCUCUGAGUGUGGGAAACGCUUCAUGGAUCGUUCAGCCCUCAUCACUCAUGAGAGAAUCCACACAGGAGAGAGACCCUACAUGUGCUCUGAGUGUGGGAAAAGCUUCAGUCAGAGCUCAAAUCUUAUCAGACAUCGGACAAUCCACAGAGGAGAGAUGCCCUACACAUGCGCUGAGUGUGGGAAGAGUUUUAAGCAGAGCUCUGCCCUGAUCACACAUCAGAGAAUCCACAGAGGAGAGACGUCCUACACGUGCUCUGAGUGUGGGAAAAUCUUCAAUCGGAGCUCCAGCCUUAUUAGACAUCAGAAAAUCCACAUAUGAGAGAACUUGAUUCCGGCUGGCCAAAGCUUGUUUUUAAAAAAAUCACAAAUGCGAAUUCCCACAGAGCGACCUUUGCACCAUGUUCAGCGUGGUCUCUCAGCUCCCCUAGAUGAGUUGCCUACUUCUGCCUUUUGCAGCUCCCCGUUCUUUGGAAUCAGUCCUGUGAUUUUUUUUUCUGUCAACUCUUUUCCUUUUGAGCUGUAGGAGUGUGUAUCCCUCCAGCCAGGAAUGUUCUUCACAGGGAGAAGAGGUGGGGGAGAGAGGUUGGAUCCCAACAAGCUACACUGAGGUAAAAACUACCUGGGCCUUCCAUCCACUAGGGCUGUACAUGGCAUUGGCUGCUCAAGUUAGUGAUCUUGGUGUAAACAGACAAUUAUAGUUGUAGUGCAGCUGCAGCCUAGGUGCAGUGGUUGGCAUUAGCUUUCCCCUUGACCUGACCUAAACUCCAUCACCUUUCCUAGUCAAAACAAACCCUGAGCAUCACGGUUAUAUUGUCCCCCCAUUUCAAAGCAAUUGUUAGUCAUCAGUGACAAUGAAAUUAAACAUGAAGUUAAUUAGUGUAACGUAAGAGGCUGAUUCUGUGAUAACUUUCAGUGUUACAUUAUGAUUCAGGUUUUCUUCUAGUUCUCUCCCUGCCCCCUCCUACUCUAUUGGAAAUGGUGGCUAAUCCUGAAAUUAAAACCUCACUGCGAAGGAAUUAGAGUGGGGGAAUAUGUGAAAGAAAUAGCAUGCACGAGAAGAGAGACCCAGUACGGCCUGUAAUUAUUUCUAUUUAAAAUGGAAUUUAUUUUGAUAAAUUUUAAAAUAAAUCUUCUGUUAAGAGGAAAAUUACUUGAGACAAGAUGUGCAACCUUUUACGCAUCCUGUACAGGACUGAUAUGUUUUU